AAUGAAGAGCAACAAGUCCUUGAUAAUCUUGGCAACUCUCUUUCUAGUUGGCAAAGUUAUUUCUGCUGAAUUUGAAUUCCAUCUUCAAUAUAACACUGAAAUUAAGGGAGGAGAAGUGAUUGCCUAUACUUUUUCAAAAAUUGAGGGGACACCAACCUGCAAGAUAAAUGCUAAAAGAUAUGAUGGAAAUUCAAUACCUGAAGAAAGUGUAAUUGUAGAUGGCGAUUACAGAUCUAUAGCUUUCAAUACAAAUGCUUAUGGAAGUGUGCCUAACAAUUUCACAUUUGUUGCUUCAAUCAAUUGUGUUGAUGGUUCAGAUUCUGUAUCUUUUGAGCUAAAAACAUUUGUUCUUAAAGAUGAUCCAACUGAUCCUUCUGCCCAUUCUAUAUGUCCCAUUGAAAUUCAAAUUUCCAGUGUGCAAAAAUCUUCCUCAACACUUAAGCUCUUGUGUGGAAUGUUUACUGGAACUUGCAGUGCUUCUGUUGUUGACUCAAGUAAAGCAAAUAUAGACAAAACAUCCCCCAUUACAAUUAAUUAUAAUGACAUAGAAAUUAUGGCUACCAAAUCUGGUUCUUCUGAUUCAGCACUAAUUAGAAUAGAUUGUACCUUGGCCAAUAUUCAAACUUCCAGUAAUACUCCAGUAUAUUUUACCCCUGGUGCUGAUCCAUGGGCUACAGCAACUGGAGAUCCUCAUUUUAAACAAAUCAUAUUUGAUCAGCUACAUUCUAUGAAUCAGCCUAUCUGUUAUGAUGUCACUGGUACACCUGAUAGCUACCUUAAACUAGUUGAAUAUUUAAAGAUUGGUACUCAAAUUUAUGGUCAACUUAAAGAUGAUUAUUACAUGCACAGAGUUAUCAUUAAAUCUCUUCUUGGUAACAUUACUAUAUCAAUGAAUUCUGUUACAAUUCACAAUAGAACACAAUUGAAUUGGAUGGAAAAUUCAAAAAGAUUAUUAAUCCAAUCAGAAGGUUUUACAUAUGAUAUAUUUUCCAACGAAAUAUUGAUAACCAUUUUAGGAGAAACUCCUAUAAAAGUUAGAAUUGAAAGGAAAAGACAUUCUUUAGAGCAAUUGCAUUUAGAUGUCAGCUUUAAAUUUCUUCCAAAAGAUUAUGAGGAAAUGAGUGGACUUUUGGGUCAUAUUGGCAAAAAAGAUUAUAAAUUCUAUUCAAGUGUUCAAUCGAACUCUGAUAUCAGUAAUUCUAAGGUAACAACUAUUGCAAUUGAUGAUAAUUUGAUAUUUGGAAGAAAAGUUGAAAGAAAUGGAAAAUAUUGUUGGUUAAUGGAUGUUGAUGAUAUUUUGAAACCUCUUCAAAUUUCUCAAUUCUUUUCUAAUAGUAUUAAUUGA